AUGAUACUUGUUAAUAAAUUUGUGCUGUCAAGCUAUGAUUUCAAUGCUGGGAUAUCUCUUAUGCUUUAUCAGGUAAAUAUCAUUUCUGGAAUGGUUUCUAACUCCGUGAUGACAUGCUUGAUGGAUGUGAAACUAUUGAAUAUCUUUUUGCUAAUCGAUUCUCUUGACAAUUAUCCUUCUGCAGAAUUUUGUGUCUGUGGUAAUCGUUUCCAUUUUGAGAAUGGUUGGCAUAAUUUCAACAGAGCCACUCACAUGGAAAUUGCUUCGUGUUUGGUUUCCUGUGAAUGUGAUAUUUGUCGGAAUGCUUAUUACAAGCAUUUUCAGGUUGGGUGUUCUCUAAUCCCAAUCAUGCCUUUAUCUUUUCAUGUAAAACUUAUGGAUGCACUUUUUUGGUAUCAGACUUUGGGUCACAUGUUGUCAGUUUUGGUAGUAAAUGAGUGGAUCUUUUUGUCUAAACGUGCAAUCCUUGCACCAUCAAUUGGGUGAAUUCUAAGGUUUUCUUUCAGUCGUUUUUUUUAUCAUAGUCCAAGGAACUUUUCCCAACCCCUUGUCUAGACAGCGUUAAUGGGAGAAUACAAAUUUAUCACGAGUUGUCGAUGAUCAGUCGGGUGGUGACGAAAACCUAAGUCAAGGAAGAAUGUCAUGCCUGGCUGGGCAUUGCAAUCACCUUUCUUCCACUCCUGUGUUUACUAGCAUGUUAACCAGACCGUAAACCUUUAGUUGUGCUUAAGUGAUAGCCUGAAACACUUCAACUGUCACCCUGCGUUUACUAUCUACGGACUUAUUCCCAGAUACUCGUAAGCAUAUGUUGUGACAUGUUUCAUUGCUGUUUAAUUCGUCAUCCUAAUUGAAUCAUAAAAGUUAGCGCAGCCUUUAUUAAGACGUGCUGCUUGGUUGCUCUGAUGGGAGAGUUAUUUUAAGAUUUCGGGAAAUAAUAUGGGAAUGCCUGCGAUACUUUUUAUGGCAAUUGGUAUUUACACUGUGAGAACUUGGAUCAUUUGUCUGUUUUUCGUUUCUCUGUUUCUCCUUCUGAAUUUCUGUCAGCUCUCUCCUGCGAGGUUUUCCAUGCGUAAAUUGGAAUUAUCUUGCAACUGCUAUUGCAUUCUUUUUUGCUCCCUCUGAAAUUAUGUUGUUGUCUUUUGGCCUGCUUCCAAAAGAAACACUGAUGCUUCACUGUUCUUGGUACAGUUGUUCUAUUGUGAAGUUUGGUAGUUUUUUCUCAUAUGAUCAUCUCGUGCUGUCUUUACAUCAUGACAAUUUUCUGAUCAGAAAUGGUCCUUGUCUUUGUAAUCUCUAGGUUGUUAGGCCCUGGGAAGUGUUCGUGCAGAAAAUUCUACAUUUCUUAUACUCAUUGAGGGGGGUACCUGCUUUACAUGGAUAUUUUCUGGAGAGUUAAAGAUAAAAUGAUCAAAUACCAUACAUUUGAAUGUUUUCGAACAUUUCCUUUGAAAAUGGAGACUGCUCUUAGAGUACCCUGCUUCGAUUUUUUUUUAGUACAGGCUUCCUCUUAAAAGAGCUGGGGGUAAAAAUAAGGCGACUCUGGAAAGAUUUCUGGUGUUCAGUUUAUCUUAUCUUGACCAAUGAAUUAAAUAGCACUAAUGCCAAGACGUGGAACAUUAUUUAUAGUGAAUAUUACUUCCAUUGUGUAUUAGGUGUGCUAUAGUGCAUGGCAUUUAAUGAUUACUGUUGUAUCAGGCCAUAUAACCCUAUGGAUCUGGGGUUUUCUAUGUGUCUAAAAGGGCUAUGUUCCCCUUGUGGUGGCCAUGGGUGUCCUCUGAGCGACUAAUCUGUAAUAAGGUUGGCAGUUGACGUGGUCAUCACAAUGUAUAGGCGGUGUCUCUGAUGAACUAGGUUUAUGUAUCCAGUAAUGAGUCAUCCCACGUAAUAUCCAUUGCUUUAAAACUCAGAUAUAUGUCUAACUUUGGAUUGCCCACUACUUGAUGUACAAGACACAUUUGGAUACACGUGUUUUUACCCAAUUGGAUACAUGUGAGGAAUUCAAAAUUGUAUAUUGACUAAAUUAGUGCUUCAGAAAGUUCACCGGCUAUUAUCACACUUGCAUCCAUAUAUUGAGAUUGAUGUGCGAACAUGUUGUAUUUGUUUGAUUGGAUGUUAGGACAUUUUCCAAUAGAGUGUCUAAAACCAAUUCUGUUAUUUAAUUGAUUUUCAUUAUAUUACAUCUAUCUAUUCACUGUAAUUUUUAUGUAGACAGAUUCUAUUUUGUUCUGUUACUUAACAAUCGACCUUGGGAUUUGCAGUUUGAAGUACAUUAAUGUAGCUAUGGUAACGAUACUGAAGAAUAUUACUAAUGUCAUUACUGCCGUUGGGGAGAUGUAUCUUUUCAAAAAGCAUCAUGGUGGCAAAGUCUGGGCCUCCCUCUUGUUGAUGGUAUUUUUUGAAACAAAUUAUCUUCCUUAAAGUUUAUUCAACAAUAGUUUUGCUUUUCCAUUUUCUCAAGUUAAUUUUCCAGACUUAAUAGUAAAAAAUCAUCAUCAUAUAUAUAGAUUCAGUCAUAUUUUUGUCCCGUACGUGCAUCAUAAUGUAGAUCUCUUAUCGUUGUCAGAUGGACUGGCAGUUAGUGAUGGAUAUAUAAAACUGAGUUGUAGGAUGCUACGUUUGCUUUGCCUCUAAUCAAUCAGUAACCAUGUGCUGAACAAUUGACAGUAUCAGAAAAUUUCCUCUUCACCGUCCAAAAUCUAUGUUUUCGUCAUUGUAUUAAUUUCCUCGGUAGAACCUAAGUCUUUGAUAGUGACACAUGUCUUUUCACUGAUACAACACCGUCCAGUAGUUAGAAAUCCAUAUUAGUCUCUUUAUUCAGCAAAAUUAGGUAAGAACCAGUGGAUUCCGCAUUUUUAGUUAUGCUAACACACAUACUUGGGAGGAUUCUGAAACUGUUCUCCAUAUUCAGAUUGUUUCAGCAGUUUCUGGAGGCAUAACGGACAUCUCCUUCCACGCAGUUGGAUAUUCAUGGCAGACAUUGAAUUGUUUCCUGACAGCAUCAUAUUCGGUAAGCAAUUUCGCUUGAUUUGCUCUUUUUUAAACUACGUUGGGAUAACGUCUAGAAUGAUUCAUGGUCUGGAUAACUUCCCGUAGUUUUGUAGAAUAAAUUGACAAAUAUUUUCGCAUUUAUAUAUCCGCACCACAUGGGUGCAUUUUAGUCGUUUUCCUGCGGCUUGCCUCUUUUUAUUACAAGUACCAUGAUUGAUGGCCUGAUUUUCUGUCGUUGCUGGAGAUUUUCAAUUGAAGCAUCCUCGUUGUCAUGGUUCUUAUUACUACUUCUCUCUUCCAAUCGCUUCCCUCUGCUAAUAAAGAUUUUUCUUUUAAUUUUGGUGAUUUUAAAAUUCGUAGUAUUGUUUGCUGCUGGUUUCUUUUUUGUUGUACCUUGGGGACAGUAUCAUGUAUAGUCAAUAAUGACGUCUGGCUUACUUAUAUUCACGUCUGGCGUCAAAAUCAACAUUUUUCAAGUUCGUAAAUGGCAAAAACAAUUGCCAGAAAUUUUUGAUACGCAUGCAAGUUCAUGAUGUCACUCUUUUUGUUUUUGGGGCUUGAUCCUUUUUCGCUGUUAGCAAUGUUACAGAUAACAGUUCUUUUUUGUUUUGCUUCUGUUUCCCCAGCUAACAUUACAAAGAGUCAUGGAUACGGCUAAACAAGUUACCAAGUCUGGAAACCUAAACGAAUUCUCAAUGGUUUUGCUUAACAAUAGUCUUUCCUUGCCUUUGGGGCUUCUGCUGGUAUUCAUAUUUGGUGAAGUGGACUAUCUCUCAAAAACGUGAGUUCAUAUCAUUUGCUGUGCCUGUAUUAAAAAAAAUAGCAGCUACUUUUUUUCAUAUUCAGAAGAUUUAACAUACAUGCUUUAUUUUUUAAUGCGAAUGAUCUUCUUAUUAGUUUGAUCUAUUUUUUGAAAUUUUGUUUUUGCGAACUUUCAAGUAUGUGAGAAAUAAGUUGAUGAGUAAAUGUCUUGAUACUAAUCUCUCCCUGAGCCAAUUUAACUGAUAGUGGACUUAGUAAAUGUGUGAAGAAACCAAUAUGUGAGGUAUAAAUCACUACUCUAAUACCCCAAUAUAACUCCAAGUGAUAUCGACAAAAAUCAAAUAUACCAGAAUAAUCUUUUUAAUCUCUGUCCCUGGCUAGGACGAAGCACGAAUCUCCCAGGACUUGACAAAACCUGACGCUGCCUUUAAAUUUACACACCCUUGUUAUCCCUCUUUCAUGUCAGCAUUGAUGGAGCAUUGGAUUUUACGCUGCUCACUCGUUUUUUCCGCUAUGAUUGACAAGAAAAAUAAUUUGAUUGCAUGGAUAAGAGUUUUUCUGCAUUAAAAAAGAGCAAGAAAAAGUAGUAUGAUCAUUUUGGGAAACCUAGAAACUUAAUCAGGCCGUUUGUAAACGUUGUUGUCAUGUCAAAUCUGUAUUCAGUGCUAUCUGUUGAUGGACGUGGAAAAUGUUUAUGGGAGCACUGAUAGACUUAGGAUCCUUGACUUUAUCGGAUGAAUAAUUUCAUUGUCAUCUUUCUGAUCAUAGUUUGCAACUUUAGACCACCUCUGACCUGGCUACUUGACUAUGGUGGGGGGGCAAUGUCUUUUUAAUGCAAUUCCCUGAGCCAAAAUAUAGGAAACAUCGUCGACUAUCCUUUUUCAGAUAUCCUCAUGGUCAACAUGACUGAUGAUUUCUCGUGCUUCUCUAAAUCUGGUCAAUUUGUAGUCCACUUCUGAAGAUGCCUAUGUUCUGGCUAGUUGUCACUUCAAGUGGAUUUUUAGGCCUUGCCAUCAGCUUCACGUCUAUGUGGUUUCUUCAUCAGACUGGAGCCACUACGUACAGGUGUGAUAUAUUGUGUCCCCAUCUCGUCAUUGUGACUUAUUGAUUUUCUCUUGCCAUUUAUUCAUGCGAUUCACCAUGGAAAGUCUUUUAAUUCUCGAACAUUAAAAAAUGAUUUAAUGUUUUUUCCCUUUUUUAAAACAAAAUAAUCAAUUAUUGUCCUCUAUUUCUUAAAUGUCUUUCUCCCUCUCGAAAUCCAACUCGAAGAUCAAAGUUUGCCGUUUAAAAAUUUUCAAUCUUCAAAUAUUAUUGACUCUCAUGUGAGAGAAAACUAACAGGCUAAGAGAAUAAAUACUACAUGACACGAAACAGCCCUCUGUAUGCUAUUAGUCUGCGCAUGCUCCUACAGUUGUUGAAUCCACUGUGCAUACUCUCGUCAUUAACUUCCACAUUCUUUCACAGCCUCGUAGGCUCCUUGAACAAGAUCCCGCUCUCCCUAGCUGGAAUCUUUCUGUUCAAAGUUCCAACCAGCUUCGAGAAUUUCCUCAGUAUUCUUUUCGGUGAGUGAUCAAGGUCUGCUUAGUCAGCGUUCAGUGUAUCUUGGCCUAACAUGCUCAUAAAUUUUCUUCAUCCAGGAUUAUUGGCAGGGGUUUUCUUUGCCAGAGCAAAAAUGAAGUAG